AGCAUGCUGUACGUACCAAUCAUAACGGUACCACUGUAUGAGAUUAGUGUUGUGUACAUUAAACACGACUGCUACGCUUCAGCUCAGCUAGGCCAAACACGGAACAUAAGGAAGUUGUAAUAUUGUUUCUUUGACAUUUCUAAAACUAGUGGAUGAAUCUUGAGUAAGAUGGCUGCACCUCCAGACUUAGCAACAUCAGCUGUCAUGGUCCAGAGCUCUGAGAUGCCAAAGGAUUCUGUAAAGGUCAAAGGUUAUGAUUUCAACGAGGGUAUUGAUUAUCACAAGCUACUCCAGUCAUUCAAGACAUGUGGAUUCCAAGCAACAAAUCUAGGACUGGCUAUUGAGGAAAUUCAAAAAAUGAUAUCCAAGAAAGAAGAAGGAUACGAUGAAGAGGAAGCUAAGAAGGGAGCUGAGCUGAAUCCUUGCGGGCGACUCAAGUCAAAUUGUACCAUCUUCCUGGGGUACACCUCCAACCUUAUCUCAUCAGGUCUCCGAGAAAAUUUUAGAUUCCUAGCCCAACACAAUUUGGUCGAUUGCAUAGUUUCUAGUGCAGGAGGAAUUGAAGAAGACUUCAUCAAAUGUUUAGGAGACACAUAUAUUGGUGAUUUCAGCCUGAGAGGUCGUGACCUGAGACCCAAAGGCAUUAAUCGGAUUGGCAACCUGUUGGUUCCAAACGAGAAUUACUGCAAGUUUGAGGACUGGCUGAUGCCGAUCUUGGAUCAGAUGUUGAUAGAACAGAACACAGAGGGUAUCAACUGGACACCAUCCAAGAUGAUCGCUAGGUUAGGCAAAGAAAUCGAUGAUCCAAAUUCUGUCUACUACUGGGCAUAUAAGAAUAAUAUUCCAGUGUUUAGUCCUGCCCUAACGGACGGUUCAUUGGGUGAUAUCCUCUACUUCCAUUCCUACAAGAAUCCUGGUCUAAGACUAGAUAUCGUAGAAGAUGUCCGGAGAAUGAACAGUCAGGCAGUGUAUGCAGCACACACAGGAAUGAUCAUCUUAGGUGGUGGGCUGGUCAAACAUCAUAUAUGCAAUGCAAACCUUAUGAGGAAUGGAGCUGACUUCUGUGUAUUUCUGAACACAGCUCAAGAGUUUGAUGGGUGCGAUGCUGGAGCCAGACCAGAUGAAGCUAUCUCGUGGGGUAAAAUCAAAAUGACCGCUUCUCCGGUCAAGGUGUACGGUGAAGCUACCAUGCUGUUCCCUCUGAUUGUAGCCGAGACAUUCGCACGCUUUGUUCACUCGAAAGGGCACGAGAAAGAAGAUCAGCCGCUGAGCAAGAAAUCGAGAAACUCAGACUCUCACAUUGCAACAUAAAACCGAGUGCCUGGGACUGACUUACAUCCCAUGAAGACAGUGUGUGAUAAAGACUAAGCAUGCACUGGGAUGGAAAACUAAAACUAAUGUAACAUCUUAGGAAGUGGAAUGUGGUACAUGGUGAGCAUAUGCUGUCGAAGACUUCAGACUUGUUGGAACAUGGAAUUCAACAAAUGGGACUGAAGCCAAAAAAUUGCCUUGUGGUGGCUACUUGUGCGAGCAGUAUCAGACACAUGGAGAGGUGUCAUGGUCUAGUGCAUACGUUGCUUGAUUGUGGACUACAUGGUACGCAGUUCGAGUCCCACUGCGGCACUAAUGUCCUUUGGCAAGAUAUAAAUCUACAUUUGCCACUCUCCACCCAGGUGAGGUAAAUGGGUACCUGGUAGGGAGAAAUUCCUUGGAUGCUUGAGCGCCUUAUCAUGGAACCCGGGGUAAUGAUAUGGGAAAACUCCAAUACUCAUGAGGUUACCCUGGGUUAACGACAUAUUAUUAUUAUCAUUAUUAUUACAUCUCAAAGACUGGGUUCGAUUUAUAAGAGACAGGUUGGGCGAUAUUAUGAGGAACAAAUAUUCAUGAUGGUUUGAUUAAUAUUUUGGGCCAAUCUGAAGGCAAAAGAGGCUCUGUGUCGCGAAACCCAACCCCCAUCAUACAAUGUGCCAAGUGAUAUGAAGUAAUGGCCUUUGGGCGGAGUCAGGGGGUGACAGACCAACUAUUUGGUCUGUUCAGAAACCCUUCAUGCUAUAGUCAUAAUGAUAAAAAUCAUUGUGUAUCCAUACAGUCCAAUUUCUCAUGACUAUUAUAAUUCUUUUGUAUUCUGGUGGUGGUAACUAAAGUUUUCUUUAAAUGCAAGAAGCUAUAAAUGAAUAGGGUGUUCCUCAAAAUGCCAUGAAAAAUGAUGUACAAAGAACACUUGUGACACCAUGACUACAAUAAAUUCCAGACCUGCCAACCAGUACGAUUUAGUCGUAUUUAGUACGAUUUUUAGAAACAAAUACGACAGUACGAUUUUCCUUAAUAAAAUAUGAUUUUCAA